CACACGCGAAAAAUCGUCAUCCAUCUCUGUAUGUGGUAGGAUUUCGUCGUCGUCGCCGUCGUCUCUCGUGUCGUCUUCACAGAUUGACCUAUCAAACGUCGCAAGAAGGUCGUGUCCGGGUGGUAGUCGGUCGUCGCGGAUUGAUAGUGUUUUGCUCCCGUAUCGAAACUCCCCGUCGUCCUGGGAAAGUGAGAAGACCUACAAAAGUCUCCCAGCAGCUGUGCCUCGUUCGGACGGAUUGGGAAAACGAAAGAAAAGUUUGCCGUCGCCGAAGUAGUGAUCCAGCCAAUUUUUUGCCGGUCGGAUUCCGCUGAUUUGUGAAGGUCGCCGCCUGGUCGAAGAGGAAGAAAAAGAAUGUUACGAACCAUCGCCGUACGGAAUGAGAAGCUCCUGCUCCAGGGGUCGCGCCGGAUUCUCCGGGGAACCGCCAGCAGGGCGCUGACCUGUGAAGCAGCUCGGAAAAGCAGUAUCCAAAAUAACUCUCAAAAAUGGACUUCAUCGGGAUCCAAAAUUGCCUCGGUAUGGCAGGUCAACUUUGUCCGUGGAUACUGCAGCAACUAUCCGGCCCACAACAAGGUCCUUUUGCCAGCCCUAUCUCCUACUAUGGAACUGGGCACUAUCGUAAGCUGGGAGAAAAAGGAAGGCGACAAGCUAAACGAAGGUGAUCUACUAGCCGAAAUCGAAACUGAUAAGGCCACCAUGGGAUUUGAAACUCCCGAGGAGGGUUACCUGGCCAAAAUCCUAGUGCCGGCCGGUCAGAAGGACGUCCCCAUUGGCAAACUGGUGUGCAUCAUCGUCGAGAACGAAGCGGACGUUGCCGCCUUCAAGGAUUACAAAGACACCGGUGCCCCAGCUGCCAAACCCGCGGCUGCUGUUCCAGCACCAGCAGCAGCGGCUGCUCCGCCAGUACCAACCCCGCCACCGGUAGCGGCUGCACCUCCACCGCCACCACCAGCAGCGGCAGCAGCCCCUGCUCCAAUGACUGCCGUGGAACAGCGAGGACCUCGAGUCUACGCCAGCCCCAUGGCGAAGAAACUCGCUGAACAGCAGCGAUUGCGAUUGGAAGGCAGAGGUUCCGGUCUGUAUGGCUCACUAACGUCUAAGGAUCUUGCAGGUCUGCAGGCGGCCGGUGCACCGGAAGCCCGAGCCCCAGCAGCAGCAGCUCCCACCAUCCCAGCCGGUGCCGCCUACGUGGAUAUUCCGGUGUCGAACAUUCGCGGAGUCAUCGCCAAGCGAUUGCUCGAGUCGAAAACGACCAUUCCGCACUACUACCUCACGGUGGACAUCAACAUGGACAAAAUUAACAAGCUGCGGUCCAAGUUCAACAAGCAACUGGAGAAGGACGGCGUAAAACUGUCCAUCAACGAUUUCAUCAUCAAAGCAGCCGCUCUGGCGUGCAAGAAGGUGCCGGAGGCGAACUCCGCCUGGAUGGACACCGUUAUCAGACAAUUCGACGCGGUGGACGUUUCGGUAGCAGUGUCCACCGAUCGUGGUCUCAUUACUCCCAUCGUGUUCAGUGCUGACCGCAAGGGACUGUCCGACAUUUCCAAGGAUGUCAAAAAUCUUGCGGCCAAGGCCCGGGAUGGUAAACUGCAACCUCAGGAAUUCCAGGGUGGCACCUUCAGCGUGUCCAAUCUCGGUAUGUUCGGCGUGACGCACUUCUCGGCCAUCAUCAACCCGCCGCAGAGCUGCAUUCUGGCGGUCGGCGGUACCCAGAAACGAAUCGUACCUGACAAGGACUCGGAACAAGGCUGGAAAGAGAGUGACUACGUUGCGGUAACUCUGAGCUGUGAUCACCGCACAGUGGAUGGCGCUGUCGGAGCUCGCUGGUUGCAGCAUUUCCGUCAGUUCCUGGAAGAUCCCCAUUCAAUGCUGCUGUAGAUGUGCACGUACUAAGCUUCAGAAAAACGAAUGCCUGUUCCCUGACGACUGUCCCUUCCAACCUAGAGUGUCCAUGCCUUAUUUGAAACAUUAGGAAGAACAACCAACCCGUUCCAAUUACCAUCAGGGCUACAAGGUCUCCGGGAAUACGUUGUCACAACUAUUUACCACCAUUCACUUGCAGAUUAAGUAGAAUAUUGUACAGUAAUCCAUAGACAAGCGCCGUUACCCCCAUCACAUACCUACUAGUUUCAAGUUGUUCCGGUAGUCGCUAUCGCCCAUAUGCAGCAUGACAUGCUAAUGAUAGGCUCCGGACACUUUGAACAACUGUCUGCCAAUAAAAUAUGUAGUGAAACAGUCAUAUUAGUAGUUACGACACACACUCGUACAAAUAAGAAACAUUGUUAAGUGUAACGAAAAGUGAAGCAAAAAAUCUAUAAGGCAAAGUGAUCGAUCAUCAAUCCGUACGAAGAAUCUGUGAAAGUGUGGAAUCGAGCUGUAAAAUUGUAGAACAAAAUCACUGUCGGACCGGUUCUCACCUUUAUCUGCAAGCAAAGCUGCUGCUUUCUAGUUCUUUUUUAGUAAGACUAAAAUCUAUAUUUAUUGGUUUCAAUUGCGAGUAGUUUGUACAACCUUUAUCGCAUUCGAUUCGUUUAUGUUGGGACUAAAUUUGGUUUUAGAUUCACUCUCGUAGUUAGUACACAACAAAUUCAACAACAUUCGUUGAUCAUUUUCAAAAUUUUAUUCAUUUCAAUCAUAGUUCCAUCCCGAAGUUAGUUCAAUACCCAUACGAAUCCUAUUUCCGAACAUUAUCAAAUUGAAACGAUCGAAAAAAAACUAACUCCAGGGAGAAUAGGCACUACCUGCCAACACAUACACACAACGGAUCGUGUUUGAACGAAUAUUAGUGACUAUAUUUUAAAAUUGAUAUUUUCAAUGGGAUAACCUUGCACCAGUCUAAAGACACAGUUUUUGAACCACAGCGCAGGAGGGAAAUUUAAUGUUAGAGGAAAAAAUCGAUUCGUCGUACAAUAAUAACGUUGGUAUUUCACAGCGUGUAAGCAAA